CCAGCAGCGCGCAGCUUGACAAGCAGUUCUUUGACAACAUGAAGCGGCUGGUGGCCAUCGUGAUUCCUGGCCUGGCGACGCGCGAGUUCGCCAUGCUGAUGACCCACAGCUGCCUGCUGGUGUUCCGCACGUUCCUGUCGGUUGUGGUGGCAGCGCUGGACGGGCAGAUUGUGAGCUCGCUGGUCCGGCUCAACGGCAGGGAGUUCUUGAUGGGGAUCGUCAGGUGGAUGGCCAUUGCGGUGCCGGCCACGCUGACCAACAGCCUGCUGAACUACCUGCAGACGAUGCUGGCCAUCCGGUUCCGCCAGAACCUGACCGAGCAUGUGCACGCAAAGUACCUGUCCAGGAACACAUACUACGCCAACGCCGACCAGCUCAUUGCCGUCGACAUCAUGAAGUUCUCCAACUCGCUGGCCGAGCUGUACUCGAACCUGGCCAAGCCCACGCUGGAUGCAUUUGUGUACAACAUCCAGCUGGCCAAGAGCCUGGGUCUGGAGUCUCUGUUUGGCAUCAUGGUCGUCAUCCAGCUGUCGAUGGGCAUGCUGCGGUACCUGACGCCGCCGUUUGGCCGGCUGGGCGAGUUCUACUUCACCCACUCGCGGCUUAUCGAGCACGCCGAGGAGGUUGCGCUGUACCGCGGCCACGACGCCGAGAAGCAGACUAUCAACCGGCGGUACCUGCGGCUGGUGCGGCACAUCAACCAGAUCUUCCGCCUCAAUGUGUUCUACGGCAUGCUCGAGGACUUUAUCGUCAAGUACUUCUGGGGUGCUGCUGGGCUGGUUGCGUGUGCGGCGCCGAAGGCAGUGGCUACGUCGGUCGGCAGCGUGGCCAAGGACUUUGUCACCAACCGCCGCCUGCUGCUGAGCGGCUCGGAUGCGCUGGGCCGCAUGAUGUACUCGUACAAGGAGAUUGUCGAGAUGGCCGGGUAUGCCGAGCGCGUCACCGACCUGCUCACCGUGCUGGACGAUGUCAGCGAGGGCAAGUACGUCAAGACGCGGGUUGGGAAGCCUGACGUUGUCAACCAGCGUGGGCAGCAGGUCGAGAGCACAGACGACGUCGAGUUCAUCGACGUGCCGAUUGUGUCGCCCAACGGCGACGUGCUGGUGCGCCGGCUCAACUUCCAUGUCACGCCGGGCCGCCACCUGCUGAUCGUCGGUCCGAACGGGUGCGGCAAGUCGUCGAUGUUCCGCAUCCUGGGCGGGCUCUGGCCAGUGUACGGCGGCACUGUGCGCAAGCCCAGCAUGAGCCAGAUCUUCUACAUCCCGCAGCGGCCGUAUCUGCCGAUCGGCACCCUGCGCGACCAGAUCAUCUACCCGGACUGCGCUGCCGACAUGGAGCAGAAGGGCGUCAGCGAUGCCGACCUGCUGUCCAUCCUCAAUGUGGUGCAGCUGGGCCACAUUGUCGAGCGCGAGGGCGGCUGGGACUCGGUCAAGGUGUGGAGAGACGCGCUGUCUGGCGGCGACAAGCAGCGCAUUGCCAUGGCGCGCCUGUUCUACCACCGCCCGCGGUACGCCAUCAUGGACGAGUGCACCAGCGCGGUGAGCAUGGACAUCGAGAAGAUCAUGUACACGCACGCGACCAGCCUGGGAAUCACGCUGCUGACUGUCUCCCACCGCCAGUCGCUGUGGCAGUACCACAACUACAUACCUGCACUGGAUCCGCAGCGCCGCAUCGAGCUGCUUGAGGAGAAGCAGCAGAUCGAGCAGGAGCUGGCCUCAAUCCAGGACCUGGAGACCCGCCUGCACGACCUCGAGAUGCAGGUUGCUGCGUACUAGGCCCAGCAGCAGUAGUCUUUGCACCAUGAUGGCUUGUUA